AUGAUUAUACUUUUUGCCCUACUACAAUAUGUAUAUCUAGAAGUGCAUAUUAUUAUUAUUAUUAUUAUCAUCAAUAAUUAUAAAUGAAUUGAAAGCAUGCAAUCGUGAAUUAGAAGACAAGAAUAGAUAAAGGUAGACUCAUGGUUGAAAUGCAAUGAACAUGUAUUAGAAAAAAAGUCAAAGCUUUCAACAUUUUCAGGCCUUGGUAGCUUCUUCAGGUUCUUAUUUAAGAUUCAAUGCUAAGAGUGUAUUAGCAUCCUUCACUUCCCAUAGCAUCCUUCAAUGUUCUUGUGCUAAGGGCAACAUGAAAGGCAACAUGACCUCUAGGACAUUGCUACUUUUCUUGGCCUUAAUGGUGACAAAUUCAAUUGCUAUCAUGGACAAACAGACAUAUAUAGUACACAUGGACAAGACCAAGAUCAAAUCCUCAAUUCAUUCACAAGACAGCACUAAACCAUGGUUUCAAUCUGUCAUUGAUUUCAUCACUGAGGUUUCAGUGCAAGAAGAUGAAGAGGAAAUAGCUCCUCAGCUUCUUUAUGUCUAUGAAACCAACAUGUUUGGUUUUUCUGCACAUCUUUCAAGUAAACAACUUGAAUACUUGAACCAAGUUGAUGGUUUCCUUGCAGCAAUGCCUGAUGAGCUAUUAACCCUUCACACAACACACACCCCACAUUUUCUUGGCCUACAAAAUGGGAGAGGACUUUGGAGUGCUCCUAGUUUGGCCUCUGAUGUGAUCGUAGGGAUCCUUGACACCGGUAUAUGGCCGGAACACAUCAGUUUCCAAGACACUGGUUUGACCGAAGUACCCUCUAGAUGGAAAGGUUCUUGUGAAGAAGGGACCAAGUUCUCUGCCUCAAAUUGUAACAAGAAGCUAAUUGGAGCAAGAGCCUUUUAUAAAGGGUAUGAAAAAGUUAUCGGGAGAAUCAAUGAAACGCUGGAUUAUCGUUCGCCAAGAGAUUCUCAAGGGCAUGGAACACACACAGCCUCAACUGCAGCCGGUAACAUGGUGAACAAUGCAAGCCUAUUCGGCAUGGCUAAAGGUUCAGCAAGUGGAAUGAGGUAUACCUCAAAAGUUGCGGCUUAUAAAGUAUGCUGGCCACUAGGCUGCGCCAAUUCGGAUAUAUUGGCAGCUAUGGAUCAAGCUGUUGCUGAUGGGGUAGACAUAUUGUCACUCUCUUUAGGCGGCAUUGCAAAGCCUUACUACAAUGAUAGUAUUGCCAUAGCUUCAUUUGGGGCAACUCAAAAUGGAGUUUUUGUUUCUUGCUCUGCAGGGAAUUCGGGCCCUUUCAGAUCAACCGUUGGAAAUGUUGCACCAUGGAUCAUCACUGUUGCUGCUAGCUACACUGAUAGAAGCUUUCCAACCAAAGUGAAGCUAGGGAAUGGACAGGUUUUCAAAGGGGCAUCUUUGUAUCAUGGCAAGACAAUCCAAUUGCCUCUUGUGCAUGCUAAUACCACAGGAACACAAAGGACAGCACAAUUUUGCACCAAAGGUUCACUUGAUCCAAAGCUAGUCCAUGGAAAAAUAGUUGCUUGUGAACGAGGAAUGAAUUCCAGAACUGAAAAGGGCGAGGUGGUGAAAAUACUUCACAUUUUGCCAGCAACUUCCUUAGGUGCCUCAGCAAGCAAUGCAAUUCGGAACUACAUCCACUCUGCCAAAUCUCCAACAGCUUCAAUUUCAUUCAUAGGAACAAUGUAUGGUGACCCUGCACCAGUUAUGGCAGGAUUUUCUGCUAGAGGGCCAAGUAUAGUGGGGCCAGAUGUGAUUAAACCAGAUGUAACUGCACCUGGUGUGAACAUCUUGGCUUCAUGGCCACCAUUAACUGCUCCAAGCCUGCUUAAGAGUGACAAAAGGCGUGUGCUAUAUAACAUAGUUUCCGGCACCUCGAUGUCUUGCCCUCAUGUUACCGGCAUAGCAGCACUUCUCAAAUCUGUGCACAAAGAUUGGUCACCAGCAGCUAUCAAAUCUGCACUGAUGACCACAGCUUACACAGUGAACAACAGAGGUUCCCCUCUUUUAGACAUUGCAUCGAACACCUCAUCUGCAUUCGCCAACCCUUUUGCAUUUGGUUCAGGCCAUGUCAACCCAGAAUGUGCCUCUGAUCCAGGGUUAGUCUAUGAUAUCACCAACAAAGAUUACCUAAACUACUUGUGCAGCCUUAACUAUACUCCUACCCAAAUUGCUAUAAUCUCAAAGGGUCAUUUCAAAUGCUCCAAAGAUACAUUUUUUCAACUUGGUGACCUAAACUACCCUUCAUUUUCUGUCUCAUUUGACAUAAAUGGCACAAAUUCUAGUGUUACAUACAAGAGGGUAGUCACAAAUGUUGGAUAUCCUAGUAGUUCUUAUACAGUGAAAGUUGAAGAACCAAAUGGAGUAUCAGUUAAGGUUGAACCAAGGAAUUUGAGGUUUGGAAAAUUAGGUGAGAAAUUGAAUUAUAGUGUGACUUUUGUUGCAAAUGGAGGAACAACAAUAAGUGACACUUCAACAUUUGGAUCAUUGACUUGGGUGUCAGGCAAGUACAAUGUUAGAAGCCCUAUAGCAAUAACCUGGCAAUAGCAAUUGUCAUUUUUGUAAUUUCAUUUUGAUUAUUAAUGAAAUAUAUAUCUACCUUUGAAAAAAAAAAA